ACGGUAGUUACUAUGGGGAUAACCAGUGCGACAAUAUGGCCGACACAUCAUGAUUGCAAAUGACCAAAACUUCGUAUGAGAACUGCAUCUAACUAAUUUCUAAAGAUGACGGAAAUUCUUUGUAGAUGGCUCAAUGAUGAGCUAUCGGUAUCUCAGAAAGUCGAUCAAAAGUCAUUUGCUCAAGAGUUUUCGUCUGGAUUUUUGAUUGGGGAGGUCUUGAAUAAGUACCAAUUACAAGAUGAUUUUGAUCAGUUUUCCCAAAACAAAACAGCAGAUUCAAAGCUUAAUAAUUUCACACGAGUUGAACCAACCCUUCAUCUGUUGGCGAUACCUUUUGAUACAAAUGUUGCACGUGAUGUGAUGACAGAGAAACAUGGGGUGGCUACGAGACUUAUGUACCAACUGUAUAUUGCCCUCAAUAACAAAAAGAAAGCAAACCUUACAGGUGUUGCUAUGGAAACCAUGAGGCCCGCUGCCCCAGCUAAACUGAAUGCUGUGGAAAGUGGUAUCUAUGUUGAGCGAUUGAAACAUGCCACCCCUAGACAGACAGAUCUUAAUUUGGAAGCCCUUGUCGACAGAUUCCAUGAAAAGCAAAUUGAGAUGGAAAAAACUGCAUUUAAAGACAGAUUUUUGGAACAAGAACGCAUCAGAGGACAACAACAAAACCAAAGAGAGGCUCUACUUAACAGGUCUCGAGUAAUGAGAGAAAAACAGAGCGAACUUGUUGCUAAAAUUCAGGCAGCAACAGUACACAUACCUAAACCACCACCAGGAAAAACAGCUAAGGCCAUUCAAAAGAAAAGGGAAAUGAGGAAGCAGAAGGAAGCUAAUGAAACACAACAGUCAAUAUUCAAUUUUGAGGAUAAAAUGAAGAUGAUUUUACCACCAUCGAAGGAGGAUGAAGAAUCUAUAGAUCUUGAAUACAUAAUGGUGAGGGAUGAGGAGAAACCUAUGGCUGAAUCAAUAGACCUCAUCAAACCAGCAUCAAAUGAUGAGUAUAUCGGCAAAAUUCGUAAACGUCUCCAAGAGGACCAAUCGGCCAGGAAUGAACGUGAAAAACGACGGAGAAAAGUUCUUGUUGAUCAGCUAAUGGCACAUGAUUCUCAAGAGGAGGCACGUCGGGAGGAGAUGCUGGUAAACCGGCUAAUGAGACAGUCCCAACAGGAAAGGAGGAUUGCUGUACAACUUCUGCAGACUCGUCAUGAGAAGGAAGUUAUUCGCAAAAACAGGAUCCUUCGUGAGAAACAAUAUGAGGAGCGGCGCCUGAAGGACUUUGAAGAUGCCCUCAACAGAGAAUCUGAAUUGGCAAGACUUGCUCGUGAGGAGUAUGAAGAACAGACUCGUAAGGAUCAGCAGAAACAUGACCAGAUUGCAGCAGAACGUGCCGAGAACAAGUACAGGAAGCAUUACGACAUGUGUAUGGAUGUAGUGAACGAGUUGGUGAACUUCACAUGUAAAGUUGGUGAAUACCGAGAACUCACCGAUAAGUUACUGCCUCCAAAGCUGAUGCGUGAAUGGAAGUCCUUGUUUGUGUCGGGUAAACCUCUCUUUGAGCAGGCUCCACCUAUUGAGUCAACAGAGCCAACACCAGAACAGAUCCUGGAGGAGGAACGACAGCAUCUGUUAGAUGAAGGAGAUUUUAUGGAAUAUAAAAACAUGACUGGAGAAUGGCAGCCUCCGGAGGGUUGUGAGGUGACCAAGCCUCCGCGGGAUAAUCCUAUCAUGGGCCACAUUAUACAGAGGCUUUUCAACAUGGUCCACCCACCUAGUCCUCCACCACCACCUCCAGAGUUCCCUCCCUUCCCUAUACGUGCCUGUAUCUUGGGGAAAGUUUUCAGUGGAAAAACUACAGUUGUGAAAAAAUUAGCUGAAGAACAUCGCCUGAUGGUAUUGUCAUCUGAUGAGUUAAUCAAUGAGGCAGUAGAAGCACACAAGUCUGGUGAAACCAUGAUGGUGGAGGAAUCAGAGUCAACAAUGGCAGAUGAGAGGUCAGCCACGGAUAUAGGGGAUCAGCCUACAGGAAUUGAGAUUUGUGUACGAGCACCGACAGGGGAGGGCACUCUUGAGUACAUAACACAUCAUGCCGGAGCUCCGACUGACCUUGACGCGUCGGCAGCAAGCUUGGGUGACAAACAAGCAGAACCUUCAUCAGAGGAACAGGCUGCUACAGAGGGUGAUGCUGCUGCCGAACCUACUGAGACAGCACCAGGUGCUGAGCCGUCUGCCUCUACAGAACAGACUGAUAUGGCCAAGAAACCCAAGAAACCAAAAGAGAAGGCAGCACCAAAACCAGUGCCAACAAACCGUUCUAAACUUGGUGCAAAGGCAUUGAGGUAUCUGAAGAGAGGGGCUCCUAUAGAUGACCAAAUCAUUGUGGAUAUCUUAGUUGACAAAAUCAGGAACAUUCCAGAAGGUACAGGCUGGGUGCUUGAUGGCUUUCCCUCCAACUACAACCAAGCCAAGGUGUUGGAGAAAGCCCUCACUGGGUUUGCUGCCGGUCAAGAGAAGGAAAAGAAGAUAGGCAAGCAGAAAAAGUCAAGCCUUGUCCCUGAUCCUCGACCUGCUCCACCACCACCAGAACCUGCAAGUGGAAUUGAUGUAGUAAUUCAGUUUGACAUUAGUGAUGAGCUAUGUCUCAAGAGAGCAGCUGGUAGAUCCUAUGGCCCUCAGUCAGACGUGAAGUACCACCAGGAGUUCAAUCCCCCACCAGAGGGCAGUGCUACAGGAGUAGGAAAGCAGGAACAGGUUGUACCAGUAGAGGACCCAGCUCAUGACCAGGAACAGAUCCAGCACAGAAUCACUCGUUACCUGGAUGCUUGGCCCAAACUAGAGAAGUGGUAUGUAAAGUUUGGUACCCUGACCAGGGUAGAUGCCUCACAGGGUGCCCACUCUGUGUUCCUGGAGGUAGAGAAGACACUAGAGGACACGAUGAACAGGCUACAAGGCAUAAAGGACCCAGAAAGCUCAGCAGCGCCUGCUGAAGUCACGGAGCCUGUUGUGGUAAAGGAGGAACCGCCACCACCACCACCAGAACCUCCCAAGGAGGAAGUGAAAGAGGACGUGAGACCGUCCUCUAGAAAAGGAUCAGGAAAGAAAUCUGGGUCACGACCUUCAUCGAAGGAGUCGAGGAGCAAAUCACCCAAGGACAAAAAGAGUGCCUCACCAAAACGAGGAAGUGGCAAGAAAUCAGAUAGCGGAAGUGCAAAGAAAGGCAGUAGGGGAUCUUCACCUAAAUCUAGAACAAAAUCAGGAAAGAAGGGCAAGACUCCUGAACCUGAGCCCGAGCCUGAACCAGAAGAACCAAAGGGACCUCCACCGCCAGAACCAGGUUCAGAGGAGUGGGAAUUUGUUAACCUUAAGUUGGAAGAUGAGAUUGCCACUAUCCUUGCUAAUUACUGGGAGUCUACAGAACAAACUUAUGUCAAAAACUCCAAACAUGUAUUCCGUAAGGAAAGGGAGGAACGAGAAAAUAUUUACAGAUAUUUCUAUCAAAUUCGAAAAGAUUUUCUGGCUUACCUGCGGAGACCCGACAACAAACAGGUGUAUGAGGCUCAAUGGCAGAAGGAGUAUAAUGAGGUCCCGGACGACAUGAGAGACGACGAGGAAACAAAGACGGAGUUACAUCAGCGCGUAGAUGACCUGCGCGAGGACCUCUGGUCAAUCUGUGAUGCCCGUAAAGCGCAGUCCGAGACAGAACGAGAAAACAUAAUCGGAGAUGGGUGGCUAGAUGACCGUCUGGGUGUGCUCAGUAACUAUUAUAUAACUCAGAUGCAGGGUGAAGUUGAUCGAUACCAGGACACAGUCCGAGUGAUGAAGGAUUACUAUCGUGGUAUGGAUGGAGCCAUCCCUGAUGAACUCAACACCAACUACAGCAGGAUUCCCCUUAUAGACAUGCCUGUAGAUCGUCCUGACUCUCCAGACAAGGCUGCCAGUGAGACCGCACCCACACCUCCUGUCCCAGAGGAACCACCCCGAACACCCAAAUCUGGGGACCGACCUCGUUCAAGUCGAUCUAAGUCACCAAAGGAACGGAAAUCAAGAACACCUUCUGGAAAGAAACGUGACAAGAGCAAGGAGAAGAAAACAGAAUCUGCUGAGCCUUCGCCUACUGAAGAGACUGGACGUAAAAGGAUUCCGUUGGUGCCACGACGACCAGUAUCACCUGAUGCAGAUGCCAAAGCUGGGGGAGCUUCUGGUAAGGAUAAAAAAGACAAGAAGGGAGGCAAGAAGGACGAAACAAGUGGGUCAGAGAGUCCUUCCCCUCCCAUGGAUCCUGAUGAGAAACUUAUCUUUGAUGCUUUCCAGACUGGUGUGACCGGUUUAGGUCAGAUACUUCAGUCUGAAUAUGCUGCCAGAGAGGCUCAGGAGGAGGCUGAGAAGAAGAAAGAUGAAGAAAGGGAGCGAGAGAAGCAGGCUGCUGCAGCUGCUGCAACCAAGGCCAAGGGGGGCAAGGAUAAGGGAAAGAAGGGCAAGAGUCGCAGCCCAUCACCAAAGAAAAAGAAGGACACAGACUCACAGGCCACCCCCACGCCAUCGGAGGACCUGAGUGAAGAAGAUAAGCAGAAGAAAGAGACGAGGGAAAAAAUGAGGGAAGAAUAUUUCUUUGCCAUCCAGGAAGAGGAGCAAGCCUGCAAGACACGUCUGGAGCUGAUCAAGGCCCAUGCUGUCGGCGUCUUACAGGACCUGAAGAGUAAGGCAGACAACACGUACAAGGACAUGAAUGACUGGCUCGGAGCCAGGUUCCUCAAAGAGAUGGAGAGUAUUGACCAGAUGUCCGAGGUGAUGAGGAAUGCGAUAGAAAACAAACAAAAACUGAAGCAGGAGCUUGUCCUAAACCAGGAAGAUUUCCUCCUUAACGAGGGAUUGAAGGUGCUGAAGUCACCCUUACCUCCAACUCCGCCCCCACCAGUAGAGCUGGCUACCCUGGACACAUUCACGGUGGAACAACUCACCAAUAUGUACAAACAGUUUACUGCCAUAGCCCCUACAGGCGUCCUGUCUGCCCGCUCAUUUACAGAUACGUUUGAGAACAUCGUGUCAGUGGCCCACGGCAUGGAACAGCUCCCGGAUAUGUGGAUGAACAUAAGUUCGGGACAGGUCCAAGAGAUAUCAUCUGGUCUCUCGGCUGAUGGGGAAUAUGUUGACUGGAGACGCUUCCUCCUGGCAAUCGCUCAGCCAAUUCCCUACCCUACCCAGUCAGAACUCCUGGACACGCUUGCCAAGUUCAAAGAGAUGGAUCAGCGUGCCACAGGCUACGUCACACGGGAACAGUAUGACAGGAUAAACUUGUGGUUCGGAAGCCAGCCAGGUGACGAUGCCUUCAACAGAUUGGCUAACCUCAAGCAAUGCCUGUUUGAUUUCUUUGCUGACCACAACCGCAAUCCUCCUGCCCUGGAUUAUGCCAGCAUGUUAAUGUACUUCGGUGCUUCCUCUCAUUCCAACGAGGGAUUCUUACGUUCACUCAGUGUAGCAGCAGGCCAGCACAUGCCAAGACUACCCAAGCCAGAGCCUACAGCUCCCAGUAUCGCAGAAAGCACACCAGAUAUCGUGGAUGACCCAUCGCCACCCCCUCCGAUCCCCUGUGACAUCCCCACCGAGGCAAUGGAUGCCACAGUUCCCCUAGAUGCCCUGUAUCGUGUGUUCCACCAUGGUGAAUCUGCCAAGGGUGACAGCCAUCGUUUUAGUGUUUGUGCUGAUCCUGAGGAUGCAACAUCUAGGGAGAAGCUGACAACUGUUUACCAGGAACUAGGCAGUGAUGAUGCUGAGCCUGUCCCAUUCAAAGUCCUGAUGGAGCAUCCCCUUAUUCAAGAUAUUGUUAACGCUUGUAGCACAUUCAAAACACUGGACAUCAAGGGUAUCCUAUGCAAUCCCCACCCUGACCUGGAGCUCCACAGUACUAAGACCAUGGAAUAGACUUAAAGAUCGGAACAUUGACCAGAUUACCUUUAGCUCAUUCAGAUUAUAAAUGACAUCUAAACUUGUGUGAAAACACCUGGACUUUUAUUUCACUUGCAAUCAAAUUACUUUCAGUGAUAUUGAAUUAUGAAUUGUGAUAACAUACAUGUAUGCUGAUCUGUAGAAAUAUGAUGUACGAAAAAACAAAGGCUUGAGAAGUUUUUAACUUUCAUCGAUAAUGGAUAAGCGUCCUGAUUUUAUUCAGACUUCUUUCAUCUAUUUUGUAACAUUUUCCCACAUAUUCUGUAUCCUCAACCAGGAUCAACAUCCCUAGGUGUUGUCUGCCAAUCUCUCCAUGCCUUUUUAGUUGAAUACUGUAGGUACACUUUAAACCUUACAGCAUUUAUAUGGUGUUGUGGCCAUCCAUUGGCUGUGUCCUGAAGCUGCUCCUCUGUAGGACAACUUCACACACAUACCAGAAGCACUGCAUUUUUCUCUAUACAAAGGCUAUAUAUACAUCACGUCCAUCUUACAACGCCUGGGCCAUAGACUGCGAUAUAAUCCAGUGUUCAGUGCAGUUAUCUCCCCUCGCCCAGGUGCUGUUAAUGAGUGGUGUUAUAGACCAUUUGCUAUUGUAUAUAAUGUAUAAUAUUAAUAUUGUACUUAAAAUUCUUUUGCUUUUGCAUUAGUGUGGUACUUAAAAUUAAAUCUGGAUUUUCUUUUAUUUAAAUACUAUUUUAAUUGUUUAGUUCAGAGUGCUAAGAUGAACAAACUAUGAAGGCUUUUUAAUACAGCUUGCUUUCUGCAUAAUCUAUUAUAAGAUUUGUGUGCUGGAUUACUUAUUUUCAUAUAAAUAGCUUCAUUUCCUGUCAGCUAUAGUAACAUUCCAUAUAUCAUGUACAAAUGUAUAAACCUCUAGUAUAUAUCCGUCCAGAAAAACUAUUUUAAAAUUAAUAUUUAUACUUGUAAUAAGUUUUGACUGUGAUAUAGUGUUUUCACUACAAUAAGAAGUCAAAUAUUAAUCUCUUUUGAGAUAAAACAUAAAUGUGAUGUUAAUAUUGAUAUUUUUAAGAGAAUACUGUUAUUGAAUAAAUUAAUUUGAAAUCAG